AUGUCCUAUCAACAGCAGCAACAAUGCAAAGUCCCCUGCCAGCCUCCUCCCCAGGUCCCAGAGCCCUGUCCUCCCAAGGUCCCAGAGCCCUGUCCUCCCAAAGUCCCUGAGCCUUGUCCUCCACCCUGCAGCCAGCAGAAGUGCCCCCCUGUCCAGUGCCCUCCAUGCCAGCAGGACUAUCCACCAAAGUGGAAGUAGCCUCAGGGGCCAGCCCUCUCUCACCUGGACAUGCAGACACUGCCCAC